ACCUCGUCUCCGUUAUUAGGUAUAUUUCUGCGAGAUUGUUUAUCUCUUAGCUUCAGGAGAAGCUAAUUUGAAACUGCUUCUGGGUUUAUACGUAGCUCAACAAAUACUUAACAAAUGGUUCGCUCCAAGGCUCCUGCAAAGAAGCAGCAAAAGAAAGGAAUUGAUUUCAAGAAAAUUAAGAGAAAGCUCGGGAGAAAAUUACCUCCACCGAAUAAUGCAACUAACACUGAGAUUAAAUCCAAAGCAAUUAUACUUCCUGAGCAAAGUGUGGCUGCUGAAAAGAGUGGCUUAGCUACAAGUAAGAAAGGCUUGACCUUGAAGGAGCUUCUGCAACAAACUUCACAUCACAAUGCCAAAGUUCGCAAAGAUGCAAUAUAUGGUAUCAAAGACCUUUUUAAGAAUCAUCCAGAAGAGCUGCAGUCACAUAAAUAUGCUAUCAUACAGAAACUCAGGGAACGCAUUAGUGAUGAUGAUAAGCUAGUGAGGGAUGCUUUUUAUCAACUAUUUAAAAUUGACAUCUUUCCUGCUUGUAAAGAGGAUAACCAGGGCCCUAUGGUGUCACUUCUGAUGCCAUACAUAUUUAGCGCUAUGGCUAAUUCAGUUAUUGAUGUUCGUUUGAUGGCUUUCAAAUUUUUCCACCUUGUUGUGGAGAACUACCCGCCUACCUUUUCCUUGGAUGCUGAAAAGAUUCUCGAAAACUACAAGGAUAUUAUACAGAAAAAUCAUUUUUAUGUGCAAGAUAAAAGCAAGCUAAAGGUAGCGCUUUCUGGGUUGGCACAUUGCCUCUCGCUGUUGCCAUGUGAUGAGAGCGACACCGAAUCACAAAAAAAGGGACCUUUACAGAAUGAAACACUACUCGCCUAUGAGCAAGAUACUGCAAAAGAUUGUGUUAGUUUUGCCCAUGUCUGUGGGAGAUUGAAAGAGAUUGUUGGAGUCUUAAUCAAUUGUUUCCAGGAUUUCAUUCCAUUGAUUCAUGCUCCGCGAGGAUUCGAUGCAGAUUCAUUUGAUUGCAUACACCAUCUACUUCGCAGCAUAGGUUAUGCAAUCAAGUUUUCCAUUCGUAGGCACAUGCAAAGACAGACUGCAUGGCAACCUGCAUCUGAAGAAGUUACUCUGAUGAUAUUGGAUCAGGACAUUGCAUCAAUACUGUUAAAAAACUUACUUGGUUCAUUUCCCCUCAAUCCAGAAAACAAUCUUUAUGGAAAGGGUGAUGAAAGGUACUUUAGACUCAACAGUGUAUUGACAGAAAUCUUUUUGGAAGUAAGUGAAUGGAGCCACUUUCCUACUGAUAUUUCCAAUAGAUUUCUGGAAUUUAUUGAGAAUACACUACUAGGCAAGAUCACCAGGAGCAUUAGGCUUAGUAAAGAUAUUCACGAAAAGACUUUACUUGCACUCUUUCCCUUUGUUCCAAAACUUAUUCUGAGGGUGGACCGUGAUUGGAGAGAUAAUCUUCUGCAGGCAUUUACUAUUGCCUUCAGCGAUUGCAAACCAGAGUCUGAACUCAAAUUAGCCUGCAUUUCAACUGUUAGAGACAUGAUUAUCCCUAAUGGAGAUAUCUUUUAUCCCAAUGCAAGUGAUCGAACGGUAAAUAACUACCAGGUGGCUUGGGUCAACAAACUUCCAUCACUGCUUAAUCAGUUGGGUGAUAAGCAUCCCGUAUCUACCCAGGUUGUUUUGCAACUCUUACUCGACCUUGGGCGAGUUGGGUAUCUGAAUACUUCUCCCACAUGGGAAGAUGACAUCAGAAACUUCUUCAGCCUUUGUCAGGGAGAAGGUGAUGUGCCUGGUGGACCUUUUGCAAGUCUCCCUCGGGAAGCCCAAGAACUGGCUCUCUGUUUCCUUUACUACUUCACCACAGACAAAUUCAGCUCCCCUAUGAUGAAUGCAAUAAUUUCAUGCUGUUUAUAUCCACAACUUGAACCAGCUGUGUUGUAUCGGAUAGUGGAAAUUCUUCACACUGCCUAUAGAGCUGGAUAUAUCCAGAUUACAGAUCAUUUUGGCUUCCUUAUCACCUUAAUUGCACGUUUCAAAGUUGUCCCAGAGAAACUGCAGUCACCGAUAGAGUGUAAUGAGCGGGAGACAUAUUGUGGCACAUUUAAAGAAGUUACAAAGCUUGUGUGCUCAUGCUUGUCAGAAAUGGGUGAUAGUUCUCUUGUCCUUCAGAUUGUAGAGAAAGUUUUACUCGAACAAAUAAUUUUGAAGCCUGCGUUGGACAAUGGGUGUGCCAUACUCAGGAUGAUCUGCGUGUUGGACUCUACCCCUACCAGACUUUCUGAAAGGAGUGUAACCACUCUAAGUGAGUUCUUACCGGGAUAUAUGAUCGACAUAGUCAAUUGUAUACCAGAAGAUAAGGAGAACUCUUACCUUUACAUACAAACAUGUCUCUACUAUUUAGUACCUUGCUAUUUCUUGUUCAACCGGAGCUCCAAACUCACAGAACAGGUUCUGAUAAGAAUGCGAUCAAUGAUUAGUGAAAACACAAAUGCGCUAGAAUUGGUACAAGACAGGGAGAGUGGUCGAAACUCAUUGAAUUUAAUACAAUGCAUAAUCUCUGUGAUCCUGCUGAUGCACAAUGACGUCAAAGUUAGGAAGAUAAUAUCAUCAUUCAAGUCCGAGAUCGAUUUGAUUCUGCAGAACGUUAUCACGUUGCAGUCCUCACGAAGCACGAGCUUGACUGUAGAAGGAAAGCAUAUGAUGAAAAUUGCGGGAGAACGACUUAGGAUUGCAUCCACAAGCUUACUCGCAUAAUAAAGUUCUACAACUGUAACAUAAAAAGAUUUGUGCUCUCUUUACAAAUGAUGCAAAAGAUAUGACUUUUCUUGGUUGGUUUGAGAAAGAACCAAUUUUGAUGGCAAUUAUGUAGAAUUUUGGUUUAAUUGGAGUGAAAAGACUUAUCUAUCUUCAAAACUGGGAUAUGCUUCUUCACAUGAAAAAAGGUUUUAUACAUUA